AUGAAGGUAGUUCUUGGAUGUAGAUUUUAUUCGAACCAAUCAGACAAUGAUAAUUCUGGAAAACUAAUUCAGUUGGUUGUUACAUCACUGCGAGUUGACCGUGUUGCAGCUUCAGGACUGGGUAUAGCAAGAAGGUGGAACGAGUUUUUCUAUUUCUUCACUUUAUAGUGCAUGGUGGCUUAUACUUGAAAUGCCCAUCCAACAGAAAGGUCGAGCAUGAGAUACCCCUCCUGUUAAUUGCUCUCUACUAUCCAAAACUAACUACACACCCAAGGGACUUCAUCAACAAGAAUACCCCAGAAUAUUAUGCCUAAGUUAUAUGGAUAGACAGAAUAAUCUUAACUCUCAAAUAAGUAUCAUCCAGUAUUAAAGCGAGGUUUUAACUCGGCAAGCUAACAAUUGGUCCGAGUUCAUGGUCUCAUGUCUAUUAUUAGAUCAGUGGUCUCAUCCCACACUUAAACACUUUAACAAUUAAAAUAACCCACACUUUCACACACAAAUGUAGACUGCUAUACUGAUCAAUAGAACAUAACUUUUCAGUGACAUAAAUUAUUUUUCAUUAAUACAUGUGAAAGGAAAAUUGAUCACUCCCUUCUUGCUGGAAAAAUCUUUCUCAAUGAAGAGCAAGUCACAAAGAAAAGUCAACAAGUAAGUUCAGUCAUGUCAAUGGGUUGAUCUAGCAGUUGGGCAAAUUAGUUCCAAGCCAGUAUAUAUAUAUACAGGCUUUAACCUCUUUCGUCAGUCAAAGCUAUUUAAUACACGUCAUCAAGAAUACUCCAUUUUCUAAAUGAAUGUUGGUGUGAAGUGCUGUUACAAGAGGAUCUGCCCCACCACCCUUGACCUCCUACAAGUAAAAUGUGUUUUUUAUUGAAGGUAGUUGAAGGAGACAUUAUCAAGAGAAUAUCCGAAACUCAGCCAAGCAAAGACAAAAUAAAAUUCGGACAAGUAAAAGUUGUGAGCAUUGGAGAUCUCACAAAGAAAGGAAAUUAUCGUGUUGACUUAUUAAGAAACAAAUCAUUAUCUUUACCAGUUCAGUUGUUUUGGAAUAACCAUAAAAGUAGGAGGUAGUGGUUCCUCUUGUUGGAUGUUAGAUGGAUGUGUUAAGCCUGAUGCACACAAGAGUUCUUGGCUGAGCUAACUGCUACAAGAGACCAAACAUGAUCAAUUUUGUUUCACCAUAGCCUCCACUCCACAGGGCUAG